UUAACGAAACAAACGAUCUUCCUCGUUCGAAAUUUCAACUGUUCAGACGUCUAGUGUUUUCGGUUGUCCAAAAAGUAAUUACGAAAGUAUUAGUGCUGGUGGCCCCCUCGGGGCAUGUUAAAGGAUAUGGCUCUCUACAAUUAUUCUAAAAUUACGGGAGUGGAAAUAAAAACAGAAGUCAUAAGCGAUAACAGCGAUAAAGAAGAUUCCGAUGAUGAAAUGACGACUCAAAGAAAAACAAUCAACAAGGGAAGGUGGAGUAAAGAAGAGGAUGCAAGAUUAAAGCAGUUAGUGGAUGCUUACAGUUGUAAGUGGGAUAAAAUAUCGGAAUAUUUUACUGACCGAUCUGACGUGCAGUGUCAGCAGAGGUGGACGAAAGUAGUAAAUCCAGCUCUGGUCAAAGGACCUUGGACAAAAGAGGAAGAUGAGCUAGUCAUUAAGCUAGUUGCUAAAUAUGGGGCGAAGAAAUGGACUACUAUUGCCAGAAGUUUAAAUGGCAGAAUAGGAAAACAGUGCAGAGAAAGAUGGCAUAACCACCUCAAUCCUGAUAUCAGAAAAUCUCCUUGGACCGAUGAAGAAGAUCGAUUAAUAUACGAGUAUCAUCAAAGACUCGGUAAUCAAUGGGCAAAAAUAGCGAAGUUCCUUCCUGGAAGAACUGAUAAUGCAAUUAAGAAUCACUGGAAUUCAACAAUGAGACGAAAGUAUGAAACUGAUAUGUGUUCUGAUAAUAGAAGAAGGUCCCGUGGAAGAAGAUCUCAAGGAUCAAUUAAUGGCCAUAGUACAGUUUCUAUGUAUGACCAGGAACCAGAAAAUUCUCUUAAAAACUGGCCAGAUCACUACGAAGGGAGUUCAAGCGGGUUUUCGGGAACGCCUAGUCCUGGUGCUACAACGCCUCCAAUAAUAAAUUCCAAUAGCAACUCUGGUCCACCUGACUUAAGUCAACAUGCAUCCAAUUUCUCAACUUAUCCUGACAUAAAUGUGUAUAAUGGACAACAUAGUCCUAUUAGAUUGACACCUUUGAAUGAAGAUACCAUAUCUGCAUUUGAUAUUAAUGGUUUAUGCAUCAACAGUCCAGCUAAAGAAAACAGAACUUUCAUGAGAACACGACUAGUGCCAUCUAACUUUCAACAUCAGAAUUCAACACUAUCAACGAACUCUAAUACUGGUGAUAAUCAACGUGCAUUUGUCCCUUCAAUAUUACGCAGAGGUAAUAUUAGACAAAAAUCAGAAGUAGAUUGUGAAGAACAAUUACAGGCUACUAUUAGUGACAUAAAGGAGGAGAAUAAUUCUGAAAGUACUAAGCCUUCAGUUUCAAUUAGCCCAGUUAAAUUGGAGCCGUUGUCGCCUACUAAACAACUUCCAUUCAGUCCAUCGCAGUUUCUUAAUAGCCCUAAUAUUAAUUUUGAUGCCGUUUUAGCAUCAACUCCUGUUAGGCAAUGUCUGCAAACAACUACGCCUUCAAGAAGGACAGCUAAAAUUGAACGUGAAUACGAUCAAUUGAGAACACCAAAUGGCAUAACAGAUUCAAAUUAUGGCCCUAGUACUUCAGGAUACAGUAGCCAAUUACGAACACCGAACAGCAAACAGUGCCAAACUACUUCAGAGUCUAAUAUUUCUGGAUAUAGUCCACUAAGAACUCCAAAUGGUUUAUCACAACUAGUUAAUUCUGAACAAAGUACUUCUGACUAUAGUCCACUGAAAAUGUCAAAUAAUUUAUCUCAACAGAACUGUCCUGCAUCAAGUGCUAUAGAAGUUGUUUCAACUCCAAGAGGAAGGCCAAGGCUGUUAUCCCCUCGUACCCCAACUCCAUUCAAACAAGCCUAUGCUGAUAUUGAAAAGACAUCUGGACCUAUAGCAAAAGUACCAAACACUCCCACAAGAUUAGAGGAUCUUACCGAAAUUAUGAAAAAAGAUCAAGAUUCUUCAAAUGCAGAAAGUGAUUCAAGCCUAAUUAUGGCCACAAAUGACAGUGGUUAUUCAACUGUAAAAAGAAGGGUUCCGACAGGUGCUGAUGGAAAAGAAAAUGUUUUACCCAAUAAAAAGGUACGGAAAGCACUUGCUCCUGGUUGGACAUGUUCUCCAGUUAACAUCAAUAAUACAUCAGAUAUGAGUUUUGCAGUUGAAACUCCAAGUCGAUCAUUAGGAGAAGAAAAUUCAGAUAUCUUCCUAACUCCUUCAUCGAUUAUGAAAAAUACACUGGGAGUAGCAGCUCUUACUAAUUCUACUGGAUCUGCACAGAACAAUUACUUCUGUGAGCAGUCUUCAUAUAUAAAUUCCACACAUUUGCAAAAUUCCUUGGGGGUAACAGAAUUAAUCAAUCCAUACCACAAUCAGAAUAUACAGGUAGAAUUACCUACUGAAAUAUGGUAUAACAACUAUGGGCACCUCUAAAUUAUUCCUUUCUUUACAAAAUUCCUUUCCAUAUUCUCCACCCAUCCAAAGCUUGCUUGUAUUACUUUUAUUUUACACCAUUCUGGUCUGCAUGUCAUUAUUUAUUGCAUUAGUCAUGUUAGUGAUUUCAGUGAAGUUUCUUCUUAUAGUAUUUUUUGCUGUUAAUCAAUUUUGACCAUCCAGUUCGGGUAUUCAUUAUGUUCGCGAACCGACUAAAAUGCAAUGUUGAAGCGUCAAAACUUAACCACAUCUUAUACGCUUCUUAUACACCUGGAGCACCGUUCGUGAGCAUAGUGGAUACCGCUUAAAUAGUUUUACGUAGGUAGCAUAAGUAUAAAAUUCUUGGUAAAUAUUGGUGUCAUAUAUAAUGAACUUCUUUAAUUCAUCAAAUAGAUUAUUGACAAUGAUCUGGUUGCUUUGAAAUUUUAGACGAAUUGAAUGAUUGUAUUCAUAAUUGUUUUUGUUGAUUUACCCUUAAAUUUGUUAAUUCUGUUGUUAUUUUCUAGAUGAUGUUUAGUUAUAGCUAGUCUGAAGUUUGUAAUAUAAUUUGUUGUAGAUAAAUCACUGUUUUUAUGUAGUUUUGCCAUUGCACUUAAAUAAUUUAUUAUUCGUUUUCCUAGAUAUAACUUCUACCAAACAUGCAGAUGUGAUGAAUUUUGGUGCUCUUUUUUAUCUUAUUUCCCUAAGAGUGGAUGAGGAAAUGGAAAAAAUAUUAGGAAUUUUGAAUUCUUAAUAUCUCCAGUUCAUCUCUAUUUGGAACUCAUUGAUACAUUUUUCACAUGAAUAGUAGUUGAUCUUUAUUUCGACGUAACAGUAAAAUUAAAUUAGAGUGAUACUGAUGAACGAAUACGUUUUUGAAUGAAUUUUUGUUAUUUUUUAACAAGUUUCACAAAAUUAUUUUCUUAUUGAAAAAAGCCAUUAAAACAUAAAAAACCUUACAUUAAUUGUUUAUUGUUUUUGGACAUAUUCUUAGGCUUCUGCUGAACCUCAUAAAAGCUCUUAGAUUGUUUAAGUUCAAUCAGUUUUGUUUUGUGGGCCAUUUCACCAUUUAAAAUCUAAUGAAGAAUAACUUCAUGUAACACAAGCUUUGCUUUUCUCUAUAGUGCUGAUUACUAAUAUCUUCUCACUAUGAUUCUUGGAACCAAAAGAAAAAAGCAUUGUCUUACCUCUAUUUGCAAAUGGAUUUUUUUGUUUACAUAGGCAUUCAAACUACGUAAACUAAAGAUAUAUUUUGUAAUUUUUUUUAAUUUACAUUUAUCUGCGGACCUCUUGGGAGUACGUGAAAUGAAAAUAAAAUUUAAAAUAUUUUUCUUUUUGUUAGGUGUUAUAAUUAGAUAAUAAUAAAAGUUGCCCAUAUGACAUUGUCUGAAAUCCUUCAGUAUCCAAAUAUUUUAACAAUUUUAAUCAAUCUACAGAAUCUAAGGAUAAGAAUACAUUUCAAAAUUAGUAUGUAACUCGUGCUGAUUUGAAAAAAAAAUAACCACUUAAUUUUUAAUGCACUUCCCUUGGAAUUGAAAAGAAUUGAAAAUAUACGUGAUUUCAAUAGGUCAGUUGAAAAUUUUUUAUUGUCUAAGUGUUUCUAUUCUGUUCAGGAAUACUUCUCAGA